UUGAGCUCUCAACCGCCGAGGUGCUGUUAGGCCACGAGUGGGUGGGGCGGCGUUUCUGCUGCUGCUGCCGGCGGCCGCCGCAGCUUUCGCCACAAGGCCUAGUGGAGGUUGCUGCGGGGCUGCUCCUUCAGAGUCCUUGAAGAUCAGGAAAUAAUGGCUGAAGAUGAACUUCGAGACAUCAUUCAAAGAUGUCAAAUUCUGGAAGAAGAGGAUUUCAAAGGGGAAGACUUCAACCUUUUUCAAGUUGCGGGACAGAAGUGCUUUGAAGAAGGAUAUGUCGCCGAUGUACUGGAAGUUGUUCAAAAUGAGAAAAACAGGGUUAUUGUCAAAAGCAUGGGCUGGAAUCUUGUUGGUCCUUUAAUCAGGUGCCUGCUGAAGUAUAAGCAAGAUGAAGUUGAGAGGGAACACUGCCUGAAAAUACUAGAUAAGUUGAUGGAGCUGUGCAGUCCCAAAGAGCUUGUGCUGGGUUUCUUGGAGCAGAUUGAACAAGCUUCUGGGGAACAUAGGUCUCGAACUAUUUUGCUUUUACUGAAACCUCUACAGGAAGUGCUUCUGAAACUCCAGAAUAAGAAAGCCUAUUCGGUGGGGUUGUCAUUGUCUACCAUUUUGAACCAGAUUUCGCUUCUGCCAGUACCUUACACAAAGCAACAACUACAAGAAGACAAGCAUGGUCUCUGCCAGUGUUGCAAUGCUUUAACACAUUUUGUGAAUCCUUUUGUGGAGGAGGUUGUUAAACACAUGGAGACCUCAUCAAGUGGAGAUUACAAAGAAUUGAAGGAGGAAUUGCUAAGAUAUUGCCUGAAAAGCUUGAAAUAUCCCCUGCUAAUGGCAGAGCUGGAUCAACUGUCUGAAGAUACUCCUCAGUAUUCCCUGAGGCAGUUUGGUGCAGACAUACUAGGCAUUUUGCUGGAUAUUAGAGAAUUGCUCCCAAAAGUAUUCUCUUGGCAUAGAUGCAAAUAUGAAUGCUGGGAUGAGGACAUACUAGAAAUGGACAAAGAGCAAUCAGCAGAGUCUCUGGCAUGUCUGUCUUAUAUGGUGUUUGUUCAAGACUGCUUUGGUACUGACUGCCUUCCAGUCGUCUUCAACCCACCAUACAUUCUGCAGUGCAACAUGGUGCAUGUUGGAGUACUGUUGAAAAGGACAGAAGAAUCUAUUUUAUCAAAAGGACUUGCGCUAUUGGAGAACUGUCUACUGAGGCUGGAAGAUAAUAGCCUUUUGCUUGAGUAUUUGGAGUUCAAAGGCUUCAUUACAACACCUCAGGAUUUGGUAAAGGUCAUGACGCUGUGCCCUUUUGAACAUCUGAGAAAGAAGAGUUUAAAGAUUUUACAAUUGUAUAUAGAGAAGUUUGAAGAAGAGGGGAAAUUCACGUUGUUCAGAUGUUUGUUGAAGACAAGUAACCAUUCUGGGGUAGAAGGAUUCAUCAUUCAGAAUAUUAAAAAUCAAAUUGAUUUAUCCUUACAGAGUACAACAGGAAGUAAGUUUUUUACUGGACUCCAGUUGGUCUCACUGUUAGACAUAAUACUCUCACUACCUGAAGGUGCUGAAACUGAUCUUCUUCAGAACUCAGACAGGAUUAUGGCAUCACUAAACCUGCUGCGAUAUUUAGUCAUUAAGGAUAAUGAAAAUGACAAUCAAACCUGCGUGUGGACAGAACUUUGCAAAAUUGAAAGAAAUUUCUUGAAGCCCUUGCACACUGGACUUAAUAUGUCAAGAGCACAUUAUGAAGCAGAAAUAAAGAAUAAAAAAGAGAACAAAAGAGAAUCUCAUGUUUCCAAGAAGAUUUGCUCUUUAACAGUAGCUGGAGAAAAGAUGCCCCACAUGACAACUGAAAUGGAGCUUCAGGUUCUCCACUCAGCUCUUUACACAUUUGAUUUGAUAGAGAGUGUUCUUGCCAGGGUAGAAGAACUCAUUGAAACCAAAACAAAUGCUGCAGCUGAAGAAACUACUAGGAUCAAGUGAUGCUUUCUGCCUCCCUUAUCCCAAUAGUGUUUCACACUGUGCACUCUGUUUCUACUUCUGUCAUUAUGACUUUACUUGAAAAGAUAAAAAUACCAACCUUUUAAGUAUACACCAAGUCGUCGUUACAUAGCUGCUGGGAAAGAAGGCAUAAGAAUAUUUUUCUACAUCUUCAGAUUUUAAAGGAAUUGUUAAACCUGAUUGGUAUUUUUACAAAAUACGUGUAGAAGUGUGUCUUAGCAUUCAUUAAAAACGCUCGACCAGUAUCAGUGAAAGGAAGCCUCUGGCAAUGUCUUUGGUUGGCAGAUCUCCCAGGAGCAUCUAUACCUAUGAGGAUUCAUGGAUGGGUGAACACAGUGAACUUUUUCCUGGCACAGCCUGUUUUAUAACCCUACUGUGACAUAAAGCACUUGAUUCAAUGUAAUGGCGAAACAGAAAUGGGAACACAUGUUCUCUCUCAAGGAUUCUUUUUCAGUAACCAGAACUGCAGAAGAUUUUCAUUUUUUCCCUUAGCCAUAGGUUUAUACAUACCCUGUGAUGGGCGUCUAAUUUUCACCAACCAAAAUACACUUAGAAAACAGCCAACCUAUUUGGUACAGACCUCAAGUAUUCAGAAAAUAGCAAGGAAAAAGCAAAAAAUAAAAGUGAUAAAUUCCCUUACUGGCAUUACAUCAUACCUGCAAGACAAGUAAGAGAACACAAAUGCCUCAAGAUGUAGGAUAUGAGAGAAAUUAUAAAUUGCAAAACAACAUCAAACAUCAGGUUAUGUGAAAUAUAUUCAACAAAUACACAAGACGUAACCGGCUGUGCAUUCACAUAAAUAAUGCUCUUCUAUAUUUUCCACAAUAUCAAAUAUUUUUCUCAUACAUAAUCAACACAUAAAGUUCAACAAAGUAAACAGAAGUCCCAAUAGAUCAGUUCAUUCAUAAAGUCCAAAUAUUUGCUAGUUUCUAUUCCAUGUAUGUCUUUGUAUAUUCAUAAAAUCUGUUUACUUUGUUGAACUUUAUGUGUUGAUUAUGUAUGAGAGAAAUAUUUGAUAUUGUGGAAAAUAUAGAAGAGCAUCAUUUAUGUGAAUGCACAGCCGGUUACGUCUUGUGUGUGUGUUGAAGAAAUUAUAAAUUGGCAUGUGCUUUAUUGACAUUAGAGAGAGUACAUUCUAGACUUGCAGUGUAGGUACUAAGAACCCAUUUCAGUUAUCAUAGAACUGAUUCGGAGAUAUAUAGCAGCAUGUUGCAGCACUGUUAGAUGUAGGUAGAUUAAACAGUUACUUGGAGAAAAUAGAAUCACCUCAUGGUAGUAAGGCCCAGCAGCCCAUCAUUAUGAUGUUACAUUAUGAUGACAAAGGUGAGUUAUCCUACCUACCAUUUCAACUAUGAGUAAAUUCCUCACUGCAAAUUUGCUUGGUCAUUUCUGGAAAUAUAUCUGAGCAAGUACAAGCAGAUCAGAAUGAAAAGUCUGGGAGGUGGGAGUUCAUUGACUUAAAUAUACAAAUUGUUUAGUAAUAGAUUUUCCAUCAUGAAUGGAAAUAAAAGAAUAACAAGUUCUAAAUAAUUCUUAGAAAAGAAAACAUUAAAUUGGGUAGGCUACAAUUAUGCCAUUUUUUUGCAAAGUUAUGUACAUUUUUAAAGGUGUUACUCUUGAAUAAAGACACAUUCUUCGUCAGUAUUUUACAUCUGGUUAUCCAUUUCAAGUGAACAGUAGUAUGUCUUGGAUGGUUAUACAGGAAAUUAAACUAAGAAAUCACACACUGAUUUUAAUCCUGAAUGUAACAUCCAGAAAUGCGCUUUCAAAAUGACAUGCUUAUUGCUUUGUGGAUACAUUUUUUAAAAGCACAAAAUUGAGACUAUUUUGCAAAUAAACAUGGCCAAACUUUUUUGAAUAAAACAUUAAGUGGUGUUUACUAAACUACAAGCCAGUUGACUUUGAUGAAGCAUUUUCCAAACACAGCUUUGUUCUACAAUCUGUGUCUUUGCCAUUAGCAUUCUGUAGCGAAUGUUGUCCAGAUGCGGUUUUGAAGUAGUCUUUACAAGGAGAGAAAUAAAGCAGGUUAUAGUAAUGGUUUGUGCAAUUAAUACACCAUAAGAGUUGAAAAUAACUUGGGAUUCUUUCUGCAAGAAAGAAAGAUCCUGAAUGAAAGUACUAACGAGGGUUUGUAAAAUAACAGAUUUUACUUGCAGGGUCCUGUUUCGGAGAUUUUUAGCUUCUAUUUUGAAAUGAAAGUCUACAAAUGACUCAUCUUCAAGUGACUAUGUUUAAAAAUGCUUAAAAUUUAAUACUUUAAUUCUGAUUUUAUAUUGGUGUGAUUGAAAGAAAAAUCUUAGGUUAAACUGAAGUAACUCUUUAAAGGAACAAGUAGUUAUUUUGAAGAGCAUAGCUUAAAAUAGUCUUAGUCUUUAAUUUUAUUUCUGGUUUUGCUGCAAAGUAAACUACAGGGAACACUUUUUAAAAAUUAGGUAUGUAUUCUUAAAUAAUUAUUGCCAAAAGUAUUUAUGUAGAAGUACUGUAUCUUAUUCAUAUAUCACAUUAAGCAUUUGGCCCUAUAUGUAUCUGCCAGUCAAGUAUCUAUAAUUAGUAUUACAAGCACCAAAUAGCAAAUAACUAUUUUAUUCACUUACAUGUCACUUUUCCUCCAAGGAUAUCCUUGGUUAUUCUUCCCACCUUUUAAAAAAAAAAUAAUCACAACAGCCCUGUGAAGGUUGGCCAGUGGGUUUUAUACCAGAACCUUCCCUGCUCUUGUUUGGCACUUAAAACACUAAACCACAUUGGCUCAUUUUAGAUGCAGUUACAUGCUUAGCACGUAUGAGAGACUUUUCAAGAAAGUAUGUGGAAAUCUUAUUAAUGUAUUCUGUAUCGUCAUAGCUGUUUUGCUGUACGUUAUUACUUGACAAUUAAAUUCUGCUACUUA